CUAUACGUGCAGUUGCAGUAGCAUUAAAACACAAGGGAAAACAUGCGUGGAAAGAUGCACUUCGACAACUUAAAAAUUACAAGAUAAAAGAAAUUGCGGAUAUCGAUCAAAAUUUGUUAAUCUCAUUAAAUUGGAGCUAUGAUCGUCUAGAGCCCAGGGAUGCACGGUCAUGCUUCUUGCUCUGCUCUUUGUUUCCAGAAGAUGCUGAGAUUUCAAUUGACGAAUUGGUGAGAUAUAGCAUUGGGAUGGGGUUACUUGAUGAAAACCUAAAUAUAUUUGAUGAAGUAAGAGAUAGAGUACUUGCGAUGGUUGAUGUCCUCAAAACAUCUUGUUUGUUGUUAGAUGACACACAUGAAAGUGUGGUCAAAAUGCAUGAUAUUAUUCGAGAUGUUGCUAUAUCGAUCGCAGAAGAUGAGAAAAGAUAUCUAGUAAAACAUGGUAUCGAGAAGUGGCCAGAGAAAAGCAAAUAUGAACACUACUCGGCAAUCUCAUUAAGGUUCACUGCAACUAUUCAUGAGUUUCCCAAUGAGUUGGACUGUAGAGGACUCCAUACCUUGGUGUUAAAGUGCGACAAUGACUCACCAACAGAUUUUCCAAACAAUUUUUUCAAUGGAAUGGAAAACAAUCUUGAAGUCCUAGAUCUGAGUGAAAUGCCUAUAAAGAGCCUGCCAUCAUCACUUCUGACAUUAGUUAAGCUUCGGAUGUUAUGUCUAAAUGUCGGCCGAUUGAUGAGAGACAUAGCUUUAUUGGAGAGUUUAAGGAACCUUGAGAUACUUAGCCUUCGAGGUAUGAGAAAGGGUCUGUUUAACGAUGAAGAUGGAACGGGGUUUUCUGAACUACAGUAUCUUGAAGUCGAAGAAUCUGAUGAUGUUGAACAUUUUCUUGGCACACCAGAAAGGUUUCUAGAAUCUCAACCACAAAUUCCACCAGGUUCUUUUUGUAACUUGUGUGAAUUGCGUCUUGGAAAUUGUCAAUUUAAAUUUCUCUUCACACACUCCAUUGCAAGAGGUCUUGAGCGACUCCAACAUCUAGAAAUAGAACACUGCGAGGAUAUGGAAGAAAUUAUUAGAAAUGAAACACAAGGAGAUGAGGAGGAAAUUAUUUUUCAUCAUUUAAAAAAAAUGGUGUUAAAGAACUUACCCAACCUUAGAAGCUUCUAUUCGAGUAUGAAAAACACUUCAACAACAGAGGCAAACAAUUCUAACUCUUCACGACCUCUCUUUUGUGAAAAGGUGGCAUUUCCUUCCCUGGAGGACUUGGAAAUCAGUAAUGUAGGAAACAUAUCAGGGAUAAUAGGGGACAACCAAUUAAAACUCCAAGUCCAACAAGAAGAGAAUGAAUCAUUUUGGCAACUAAGGAACCUACCGCGUCUCCGAGAUCUACGUAUAUUCCGAUGCUCCAAAUUGAAAGCAAUAAUAGUAACUAAUAAGGAAAGAGGGGCCCACAAUAAGCCUCUCAUUUUUUUUGAACUGCGUUCUCUAAAGCUUUCUGGGUUAUAUAAUCUCAAGAGUAUCUGUGACUAUUGUGGACCUGAAGGAGAAGAGGGAAUAGAAAUUCCAGAACCACUACCCCUCUUUAAUGAAAAGGUUGUGUUUCCUUGCUUGAAAGAAUUGACAAUUUGGGGCGUGGGCAACUCUGAACAGAUAUGGAUAAGCACACCUCCCACCAACUCCUUCAACAAACUAGCAAGUUUAUCUGUGGGUUGGUGUGACGAAUUACUGUUUGUUGCUCCAUCAGAACUACUUGGAAGUUUGCAGAAUCUACAAUCACUUGAGAUAAAAUAUUGUUCGUCCCUAAAAGAGAUAUUCAAAACCAGAGAAUCAAAUGUAAGGGAAGGAAUAGUUUCAAGAGAUGAAGCAACAAGCGAACAAAUUGAAAUUAUUUCUGUGCUCCCUCAAUUAGAAAGGGUUUCCCUUGAACAAUUACCAAACCUGAUAAGCUUUUGCUCUGGGUAUAAAUUGCCACCAUCAGUACAAUUGUCAAUACAAGAAUGCCCUCCAUUCCAAUGAAGAGGUGAUUCAAUAUUGAGAUAUGUUCAAACAAGGUUAGAUCUGCCUUUACGUGGAGUUUCAGAUUAUCAAAGAAAAUUUGGUUCAUUAUCAUCUUAUGUUAGCUAGUUCGUCACAAAUAUGCUGAAUGAGGGUUAUUUGUUCAUUUGGAUGUGUCAAAAAUGAUUUUAUUUUUAUUUUUUUUGAUUUAAGAUUUGCUUGGUUUCGCUACAUAAUAAGUAUGUAAAUCUAAGAGACCAUUUGAUUAUGUGUACUACUAUAUAUUGUUAUGAACCAUGGUUGUGUAUGCUGGUGUUGGAUUUGAAAAAUAUUAUUGUGUGGACUAAUAUGUAUCUGUAAUUGUUUUUAAUAGUUGGAUGUCAUGU